AGAACUGUUUGAUUUAUGGUGCUCUUCCUUUGUCUUCUUCUUUUAUCUGCAGCCCGUGGUCCUCACGAUGAAACAGCUCUUGGUCGAGGUAUCAUCUACCCGGCGGCGUACCUGGGCUCCACGCAGCUCGUCACCACCAAGCAACCCACCAAGAAGGUGCGCAUGCAACAGGCCCAAGAAGCUGUCAACAGGAUUAAGGAGAGGCCUCCACCAAAAGUUCAUAAACCAAAGAGAAACUCCCCUGAUGGGGAGGAGCAGCCUAGUACAGAGGUAGACUUAGCCAUCUCCAAUGAACGCAUCAGGGUACUCAAUGCUGACACUCAGGUGAGCGAUAUGCAGGAAACCAUGAUGGACCACCCUCUGAAGACCAUCUCCUACAUCGCCGACAUCGGUAACAUCGUCGUCAUCAUGGCUCGACGGCGUCAGAUCACAAGGACAUUGGAUGAAGCCAUGGAGGAGAGCGGGGUCAUGCUGGAUGCCGAAGGACGAAGACAACCAAGGAAAAUCAUCUGCCAUGUCUUCGAGACGGAAGAUGCACAACUCAUAGCACAGACAAUUGGCCAAGCCUUUGCCCUUGCUUACUUGGAGUUCUUGAAAGCCAAUGGUAUUGAAGACCCUCAUGCCCAGGAGAUUGACUAUCAUGAUGUCCUCAACUCACAGGAGAUCUAUGGCGAUGAUCUUAUGCUCUUCUCAAACAAAGAAUGCGAGAAAGAGGUGUUAGUGGAGAAGGAGAGGGGUGAGAUCAUGGGUAUGGUGGUAGUAGAAUCAGGCUGGGGUUCACUCAUUCCAACAGUGGUCAUCGCAAACAUGUCUCCAUUCGGUGCUGCUGCUAGAUCAGGCAAGCUCAACAUCGGUGACCAGGUGAUGUCCAUUAACGGCACCAGCCUUGUAGGGCUUCCAUUACAACAAUGCCAACAGACAAUAAAGGGUUUGAAGAGUCAGUGUCUUGUUAAGUUCAAUGUUGUAUCAUGUCCACCUGUUACUCAAGUCCUCAUCAAGAGACCAGAUACAAAGUACCAACUUGGCUUUAGCGUACAAAAUGGAAUCAUAUGCAGUCUUAUGAGGGGUGGUAUUGCAGAGAGAGGUGGUGUCCGGGUCGGUCAUAGGAUAAUUGAGAUCAACGGAAGCAGCGUGGUAGCAACAGCUCAUGAAAAGAUUGUAGAGAUGCUCUCAACAUCAGUAGGAGAGAUUCGCAUGAAGACGAUGCCUCUUUCCAUGUACAAACUCCUGACAGGACAAGAACAACCGGUUUAUAUAUAAAGAAAAACUCAUGGACUCAUCCGAACUUCAGAAAUUCAUAUGGAGACGGAUAAUGGGACAAGGUGCAUCAUCUUGUAUAGGAUUCAUCCGACGUUGUCCUCGCUAAGAGAUGGAAUAGAAUCGGAGAGAAACGAAUAAACCAAGAUUAAUCAACGGUGAAUGAAGGAACAUGAUACCAUGUCCUAGGGGUUGCUCUGCCAUAGAGGGUUGGAUGAAGGUCAUGGCAAGAUCAAUACAUGCGGCAUUCAUGUUACUAUCGUAACAGGCAUCAUGGAAUGGAAUAUAUCAUUCUUUUGGAAGGAGCGAGAUGAGAGUCGGGAGUCUACCCGCUGCAGAAGGAAAGGUUUCCGAGGAAAGUGUUCUGGCUGGGAUUGAAACGUUGCAAAAUGAUUGAAGCAUUUGAAAGGUUUUAAUAACCAGUUUAGGAUGUGAGCUUGUAGCCUUCACCAAAGGUUCCUUGUUCAAAUGUUUUACUUCUUCCAUAAAACGGUCAUUACGAAGAUGGCAAGGUGAUCGAAGAUGGUAUUGAUACAAACUAGAUGGAAAAUGUCAAGGGAUGAAGUUAUUGAGAUGGUGAUGGAUUUUAUAUUUUCAACCCUUUUUUUAAAAGCAUAGUAUUUAUAGGGUAACGUAAUGUCAUUUGAUUUGUCAUGAACAAGUGGCAGUUUCAGAUAUGGAUAUGUAUGAUCAGAUGUUAUAGUAUAGAUUCAGCAUGAUGAUACAUUCGCCACCAAAAUGGAAGGUGUGGUGCCAGGACUCCCAUGAUGUGGAUAAAGGUAACACUCAUGAAGUCAACCUUUCACCAGGAUUCUCCAAGAGGGAACACUGAGAAGUGAAGUUGGUUUCCAGAAGCACACCCAGACCAUUGCACUAGAGACACUUUCUUUUGCAAAGUGAUCGCGGGAAAGCCCUUCGUGUGGCAAUCAUCCGGGCAUCGCUGUCGGGGCGUCGAUAAACUCUGUAUAUUCAGUCACUGAAUUGAGGCCUUUAUCUUGUAAAUAAUAGCUUGGAAGAUUGUAGCAAAAAGACUUCAAGAGCCAGAUAAUGCUGGUGUAUAGAGAGUUAAAGAGAGAUACAAAAUAACAUUAAUAUAUAUGGAAGAUGUUUGUGCACAAUGUAUGUUUCAACAAUGGAAAUGAAUAUAGAUGUAUGUUGAGACCAAUGAUAAUGAUGGUUAUACUGGUACGAUUAACCCUGUUGUGUUUCAAAGUAGUCUUUUCUUUGUGCAUACUCCAGCCACAUGAAUAGUCAAUACAUAAGCUAGCAAUUCUGACAAAUAGCAACAAAUAUGUAGCAUUUUCAACAUCAGUGUACUUAUCAUUUUCUAGUGCUUGUUUCUAGCAUCUUGAAAAGAGAUUAUAGAUUUUUUUUAAUAAUGAAAUUAAACAUGUCAGAAAUUAAAAUAACCCUGAUACUUUUGCAUAUUAGCUGCAUUACUGCCUAAGUAUUGUACAUCUGAUCUGUGAUCUAUAACAUUCCUUAUUUGUGUUUUAGAGAUAGUCUUUGAUGCUAUAGAGUCAGCAUGUGUGAUUAAAAUGGAUUGACAAACAGGAGACCUUGAGCCCUUAAACAGUUAUUCUCAGAUAUGGAAUAUUUACUCAUUUUCUCCAAAGAAAAUCUGUUAAAGAUGUUGCCAAUUGCUAUUCGCUUUAUUUGGAAAGAGGAAGAGUAAUUUAGCUUUAUGUUUUUCACAAUAUAUAUGUGUUACCGACUAUUUGGGUGAAAAACUUCAAAAAUGGCCCCAGAGUGAAUUGUAUCUUUCUGUUUGUCAAACCUAGCUAUCAUUUCAACAUACCACAACCAAAGAUAUGUGAGAGUAUAAUGUUAUUUUCAUCAUUUUUAUCGACUGUUUGAAAUAUAGAUCUCUCUCACUCUAAAAAUUAUAACAGUCAAUGAGUCCUACACUAUCACUCAAUACAUUCAAACCAAAUUCAAACAUCAGUGCAUAAGACCUGUAGAUUCUGUUAGAUAACUUAGAUUUGUUCACUCUAGCCCUUGAUUAUAUUUGUUUUAUGAUACAUGUAUGUGUUAAUUCGGUGUCCAGCAAUGUCCUAAUGAAAAUAAGUUCGGCAGUCAUCUUUGCACUGUUAAUUUCUCAGUUAGGACAUUCAGUAUCAUUCUUAGCCAGACCCUUUGGCUGCAAUAUGGCCACUUAGAUACUUGUAUUCUUUAUAUACAGCUUUACACAAAUUUAAUUUUAGAGUUACUAGAGAUUUGUGUUGUAUUUACUAAUGAUUCUUUAUACCAAAGCCAAAUGCACAUUGAAUUUCAUGUAUAUUGAGAAUAGAUUAUUGAGAGUUUGUGAAUUUUAUAUAAUGGAUUUACGUUUUUGUUUUUUUUUGCACCCAAAGGCUACCAUUUUCUGCAUACUACAUGUAGUACAAUUUACUAGUGUUAAGAUUUAUUGCAUGUGGAAUGUAGUAUUUGUUGACAAAUUGACUUGAUAGCAUAUGUAGUGAUAUAGUCCUUUCUACAUCUCAUUUUUUUUAAUUUGAUGCAUCUCAUCUUUAGUAUAUUUAAAGUGAAAAGGGAUAUAGGGUGUGUACAUGUAAUACAUAUUCUGUCAAUGUGAGAAUCAUGUUACAAGUUGUGUUCAAGGCCUACUUUUAUGUUAUGGUUUCAUUAACAAUUUAUUUACUUUUUUGUUUAUGUAGAGCUAAUGUGGAGUUAUUCAUCAACAAAUGUGGGCAUCUGGGGAAUCGUUAUAACAUUUUGUCAUACUAAUUCAUUUGAUUUUGUUACUGUGAUCCAUGAUUGUAGGCCCCCUAAAUAAUAGGUCGAUAUAGGAAAAAUCACAAUAUUUAGUGAUAUUAUUUUAAAUUAUUGUAUUAAUAACCCUGUGGAUAUUUAUGUAGUAAAUGCUGUUUAUAUUUUAUUUAUGUUGAGGGUUUGACUUGCUAUAUAGGCAAAUAAUUUCCAAUAUGUGUUCCUCUUAAGAGACAUGUAUGUAUUUGUAUAAUUUUUGGUACACCUACAUAAAGUUUGACAUAUCCUGCAACACUAACACAUUGUAGUUUUCACAAUAAUUUCCCAUGUAUUCUUGUAUCUGUAUUUUAAUAUAAAAAAAGGAUAUCUGCCCCAACUAGAAGUCAUUUGAAAUCUUCCUGUAAAUUCGAAUGAUUUUCAUUCAAAUACUGAAGUUUAUUUUGUAUGAUUCUGUAAAGAGAAAGAGAAAAAUGGUGCUUUGUAAAGAUGACAGAUUAUGUAUUUAAAAAUAUCUAGAAUAGCAGCCAAUGAUAUUAGAUGUAGCCUUUUAAAGUAUUCAUUGAUUUUUUUGUUAUAUAUAUGUAUAAAUCCUACCCAUCUUUUAUGACCAAUCUGCGAACUGAUUUUGGAAUGAUUUGCUCAAGUGAUAUCUAGGAUUGACACAAAACCCUAACUCGAAACUGUGACUUUGAGAAAAGUGAUGUUUAUAAUUUUCUACUAAACAAAUCCAUAUACAGGAAGUUAAAUGUUCUCUUCCUUGUUAGGCAAUGGGAAGUUGAAUUGAUUUUUGAUCUUAUGAUUUGAGAAUCUAUAUACAUGUAUGUUCUUGAUUAUUUUGGUUCCUAGGUGUGAAAAUGGCUGAGAAGUGGUUAAUGUUCUUCUGCAUGUCAACCCUAGUUAUUUCAGAUCUAAAUAUUCCACUUUAGAACCUCUGAAUAACCAUAUUAAUAGGAAGAAACGGUAGAUUGGUUGACUCCAAUAUGCUUGCUAGCUGCCUACGGUAAUGCUUGCACAUAAGAAACAUCGCUAUUUAGUUGGUCUGCUUUUCAGAAGUACUUUGUUGUACUUCACAACUUUUUCGUUUUUACAAUUCCAGUUCAGUUUCAUUUUGGUCAUAUAGAUGUGGUGGUUUCUGUUAUUCCAAUUUCCAAUUUAUUUAUGGUUUGUAUUCAUCUACUGUAAGAAUGUGUUGUACAAAAUAAAUUUAUAUCAUUUUAGUGCUUUUAACCAUGGUCAUUUUAUUAUCACAUCCCUACUAGCUCAGUAUGUCCAUCAGAAUUAUGCCUUGUAUAACUUUUGAAAGUAUUGGUUUCCCCAAGAUAAUCCAUGCCACAUAAGUUAUGUUGCGCAGGUGUAUGUAUUUGCCAGUGAUCACGACUAAGCAUACAAAUAUCAAUUGCAUUAUGUAUGUUUGUAGACAGAAUCUGAUAGUUGUGUAUAAAGCCCUCAGUUGCAAUUUUUGAUAUUUUAAAUUUUGUUUUCAACCAAUUUUCUGUUUCACACUUUUUCCUGUACCUAUGUUAAUGUUGUGUAUUAAAGUUAUGGUUUUGUGGAAUAGGAAGAAUAUAGAUUUAUACUUGGCCCAUAUGGUCAUUCCAAUACCUGUUAAUUUGUCUAGGUCACUUCAAUACAUGUUCAUUUCUCUGACCAGCUUGGACAUUUCUAAUUUUGCUGCACAGAAAAAUUGAAGUUCCACGGUCUUGUUCUAGAAACUUCCAAAUGUUGAUAAAGUAUAUCUGUAUAUCUGAUCAUAGCUGUAUACCGGUAGUCACAUUGUAGUGAUCAUCUCCAAGAUCAAAUAACCAGUAAUGUGAUGAUUCAGGUAUUUUCAUGCAAUCCAGUGCAUCAAACCUUUGGGAAAUUCUCAGACAUUGUCCCGGUUAGUACAGAAGUCUUACUUUUGUGAUUGUUGAUGUUUUGCAAGUCAAUGAACAAUUACCGUAAUGUCGACCUGCAAGGCACCAUGCCCCAAAAUUAUUUGUUAGAUUAUCAUCAUUAUUUCUUCGUUGCUUUUAUAGUAGAAGAGAGAAACACUGAGCUUAUGUUGUAUAUUUUGCAUUUCAAUACAGUAUAAAAUUUCAUAUGGAAAAAAGGUUGAAAUUACAGAUAAUUUUUGUAAUAUUUCAUAGAGGUUUUGAUAUGUGCAGAUUAACGCCUAUAUUCAAUACCUUUCAAGUAAAUCUGGCUAAAUAUAGUAAGUGUAAUGAAAACGAGUGAUGGAGUGAUAAUGAGGAUGAUGAUGACUAUUGUGGUGGUGGUGGUGAUGAUGAUGAUAGCAGAUGUGAUGAUGGUGAUUAUGAUCAUGUGAUUUUUAAUGAUCCAGACUUAUGUUAAUCAACUUUCUGCUCUGUAACAGUAUAAAGGGGAAAAAAGAGAAAGGUUCUUCAGACAGAAAGAAAUAAAUCAUAUUUAUAUCUCAAAUAUCCAGUCAAGUCAUUGUAUCAACACUAAAUAUAUAUAUAUAUCAAAAGUGGUUUUCUUCUCAGAAGUUUAUGUCCAUGAAUGAAUUUACUGUUUAUCACAAAAGCUGGUUUGUUUUAGACAUUACUUCCUGAGAAGCUACAGUAGUAAUUGUGAUAUUUCUUGUUGAGAGUACUUAUAUCUUCUGGUCUCUCGUGUCUCCACUUUAAAUUCCUCAGCCCUUCUGUUGCUUAGGAUUUCACACUAUUAAUGAUUCACUAUUGAUCCAAUUAUUUUAUUUUAUGGUAAGAUUCAUCCCCUAUGAAGCAAACUCAAUUAUUAAUUGGUAAUGAGGUGUGAGGAGAAUGUGUGAUGAGACAAGGUUACUAAAAAGUCACUAUGUUGAUAUAUACCAUGUACAAUACUCUGAUUACAUAUAACAAUUAU